CCUGAUUCAAAUAUAUAUUGGAAGAUUCAUACACAUCAACAGCAUCUGCUGCAAAGACUCAAAUCCCAACUUAUUCGGUUGCUCGCAGCUGCGAUCUUUCUGAUUUCUCCACAAUAAAAGGGAAGUGCUGAAAGAAAAAAACAAAAGAAUAUAUGUGAAAAGGAAAAGAGAAGACAAUUGCAACACUGCAAUUAAUCAAUCAAUCAUUGAUCACAGAGACGAUUCUCCGCGCCAUUGCUAGAGGUGGAGAGAUAGAGGAAUAGGUAUGCGCAUAUAAAUGUAUCGACGCAGACGCAAGAGGAAGGAAUAAAAACUGCAUGGGUUUCGUGUUGAAGUUUUUUUUCUUGCAUUUUACGGAUUAAAUUCGCGUCUGCUUUGACAUAAGUAUCUCGCUCUUGUCGCGCAAGUUCAUGUUUUUAAGUUGUGGAUAAAGUUUGCUGAUGGCAUGGUAGGUGGGUCGCUUUGAAUUCUCUGCUCUUUUCUGUUUUCGGUUAGUCGGUGCCGAUUGGAGUUUUCUUCAGAGUCCCAGUUCAAUCUGGGGAAGUUACCAUCUCAUGUGUUUUAAAUUCGGAUAAAUUGGGAUUUUUGUGAUAUUUGUGAUUUUGUUGAAAUCGGAGAAAUUGGGGUUUUUGUUAAGGGUUUUGCUGAUAAUAUACUUGUUAGAUUUGAGGUCUUGAGUGCUUUAGUAUGAGGAAUUGAGUUUUAGCUGAAGAGUAGUUUGAUCUUGAGGGUUGUUGUGGUGGAUUCAUUUGAUCUGAGAAUGAGUUCUAGUGUCUCAGAAGCCGUUGCUCAUACGGGCAAGCUCGUGGUUAACAUUGCUGAGAAUGGGCACUCGUGUAAGAUUGAGUGUGAUGAAUGCACUCUAGUUGAGGCAGUGCAGAGUUUCCUAGAAUCGGCAUGUGGUAUACCGGCCAGUGAUCAGCUUCUUCUGUGCUUGGACUCGAAGCUUGAACCCCAUAGAACCCUCUCAGCUUACAAGCUUCCGUCUGAUGAAAGGGUGGUUUUUCUGUUUAAUAGGAUGAGGAUGCGGAGUCAGUCACCGUAUGUUGAGCCCGCGCAGGUUGAGAUCAUUGAUAUUCCUGAUCCCCCGUUGCCAUCUCCAUCUCAAAACUCUCUUGCUCUGGAUGAUGCUUCUGACCCUGCUCUCAAGGCCUUGCCUUCGUAUGAGAGGCAGUUCAGAUAUCAUUUUGAUCGUGGACAUGCGAUUUAUAGUCGUACUCAAGCAAAAAUCGAGAUAUGUGAGAGGCUUUUGGAAGAGCUGAAGGUGCAAGAGAAGGCCUUGGCGAUUGCUAGCGGUAAUUUGGAUAAUUACUAUAAGAGGAUCGAUCGAAACUACGUUGAUUUUAUGAAAUCCUAUUCGCAGCAGCACUGUUAUCAUACCAACCUUCUAGCCACGUUCGUGAGGGAUACGGAGAAACUGAGAUCUAUAAGAGUUCUGCCGGCCUUACAGACUGCUAAUUGCAAGUGCUUGCUGGAUUUUGUGAAGGAAGAAAACUUGCAGAAGACAUGGAAGGAUUGCAGCAGUUUGCACAAGCAGUUCCAGAAUAAGGUUUCGGAGUUUAAACUUGAAUAUGGAGAGCUUAGGAACAAUGCAGAACAUAUAUUAUCUGACAAAGCUUCGUUUCUUAUCAAAGACUUGGAGUCAUCUAUAAGAGAUGGCCAACCGAUUAUCGCUGAGCAGAAGAGCAUAAUGCAGACGUUAAGUGAAGAUGUGAAUACUGUGAAGAAGCUCGUGGAGGACUGUCUUUCCUGUCAGAUGUCGUCUUCACUGCGUCCUCAUGAUGCAGUCUCAGCACUUGGGCCAAUGUAUGAUAGCCACGACCAAAAUCAUCUUCCGAGGAUGCAGGCAUGCGAGGGUGAAAUUUCCAGUUUGCUCGAUUUCUGCAGUGAUAAAAAGAAUGAGAUGAAUAUCUUUGUUCACAGUUUUUUGCAAAAAAUUGCAUACAGCCAGUACAAGAUUAAGGACAUACGUUACAAGUUUUCUUUGUUCCGUGAGGCUUUAAAGCGUCAAGAUGAACAGUUUAAGCCACUAAAAGUUGUUCGUGGAAUUGUUCCUGCGUACAGAGCGUGUCUUGCUGAAGUCGUGAGGAGAAAAGAAGCUAUGAAAAUCUAUAUGAGCAAGGCGGGUCAGUUGGCUGAAAAACUUGCUAUGGGGAGGAAUACUGAGGUUAGGAGACGUGAGGAGUUCCUUAGAGUGCAUUCUACUUUUAUCCCUCGAGAUAUUUUAGCAUCUAUGGGAUUGUAUGACGCCCCAGGUACUUGUGACAUAAAUGUGGCUCCUUUUGACUCUAAUUUGCUUGACAUAGACCUUGUAUAUUUGGAGCGUUAUGCUCCCGAGUCCUUGCUAGGGCUCUUCUCAAAGAGUGAGAAGCAUGGGACUCUCAAAAGCUCGUUGUCCAUGUCUGAUAAUAGUUAUCGAGCAGUUGAAGCAGAAGGGGUACCGGGCCACCUUGAGAAGUAUGAUUAUGGGGAAGUGCUCGAUGAGUUGGAGUUGGUUGGGAUUGCAGGCACUAGCAAGAUGGAAAUCGAGAAUGCAAUGCUGAAAGCUGAACUUGCUUCGAAAGUUGCCCUAAUUUGUUCCAUGAGUGUGGAGCUUGAUUAUGAAUCACUCGAUGAAAGUAAACAAGAUAAUUUACUGAAAAACGUGGCAGAAAAGACUUCCGAAGCAUUAAAUCUGAAAGAUGAAUACGGAAAACACCUCCAAUCGAUGCUGAAGGCGAAGCAGAAGCAGUGUGAAUCCUAUGAGAAACGGAUUCAAGAAUUGGAGCAGAGGCUCUCUAAUCAUCAUAUGCAAGGUGAUGAUGAGCCUAGUUUGACAGUUUCAACUACAAAGACUGAUGAUAACAAGCCAGAGGUAUCGGGGUCUGAAUCGGUUCACAUACACCGAGUAGUGGAGGAGGUGUUGUGUGCAUCUAGAACUUCAAAAUCUGGGAUUUUAAAUGAUCACGUUGACAAAUCACAAGGAUUGGAUGAAAAAAUGACUGAUUCCUCUAGUAUGCUGAAUUCUCAGCUGGAUUCAUUGAUGCUAGAUCUACACCUUGAGAAAGGGCAUCUUUGCGAUAAAGAUAAGAUGGCAGUGCCACAGUCAAAUGCUGAGACGAACAUCGCUUCAAGUAAUAUGGCUGUCUGCAUGUCUCAGCUGAUUACAUCAGAUUUAGAUGGUAAAGGAAAUGGUGGACUUUUGGCGGAGCUGCAAAAUGCGCUAGCAGAUAAAUCAAGCCAAUUAGACGACGCGAAAGCCAAAAUUCAAGCAUCAACUGAUGAAAUUUCCAGACUCAGGGGUGAUUUGGACGCCAAUCAGAAGCUACUCGAUGAAUCUCAGACACUUGCCAUUAAGGUUGGUCUAUUGUCAAGCCAGCGUGCAGAAUUCCUAGAAAGAUCCACGAAAGCUGAAGCUGCAAAUAAGCAGCUUAAGAAAGAGCUAGAAGAGAAAAAAGAGUUGGUUAACACACUCUAUGUGAAGCUUAAUUUGGAAAAGCAGGCGAACAAAGAAAAGAUUUGUUUAGGUCGUUUAGAAAUCCACGAGCUUGCUGCUUUCGUCCUCAACUCCUCCGGGCACUAUGAGGCCAUCAACCGUAGCUGCCCUUACUAUUUUCUUUCAGUUGAAUCUGUCGCAUUAUUUACUGAAAAUGCUUCCCCGAAUCAAAGUUACAUUAUAGGGAAGGUGGUUCAUGUUGAACGACGGGUAGUGAAGCCUCCUCCGCCAACCCUAGAGCAAGCUGAUGAUAGUAGUGAUACACUGGCCUCCUCCGAGAGUGGAGGCAACCAGUCGACUGUUGAUCAAGGUUCGAUUCCCAAUCCCUACGGUCUUCCCGUUGGGUGUGAAUAUUUUAUAGUGACUAUAGCCAUGCUACCCGAAGCCGUCCUCUUUCCUGAUCUUGUUGCAGAAAGAUGUGAUGGAAGAGACCAAGUGUAAAUAUUUCGGAAGUUUAGUGAGAGUAUGGCUUGGUGUCCCUUCUCUAAAGAUGAGAAUCAAUUACUAAAAUCCAAUCUUUUUGUAUAUAGACUUUGCAACUCUUGUCAAUAACUUACAAAGUAUUAUCUUUUA